AUGGAUACAGGUCCCUGUGGCAAAGGUGAGAAGAUGCUAAAGACAUGGUAUUCUUUCCUGCUGUGUUGUCUGUCCUUGCGGCUUGAGGCUAAUCCUGGUCUUAAAGUGAGGAUUACUCAGAAGGGGCUGGACUAUGGCAGCAGGAUUGGGAUGGAGCUCCUGAAGCAAGCACUAUUGAAAGAGACCUUCCCAAGCUGGAGUGGGCAGGAGAGUUUCUCGGUUGUUAAGGUCAACUAUGUCAUUUCAAGGCUCAGAAUUAACGCUGUAGAUUUCCCAGAAACUUCUGCUUCCUUUAUUCCUGGCACUGGCGUUAGUCUGUCAGUGGCACAUGCUUCUGCUACGAUCAGUGCAGACUGGAGAAUGAACACGUGGCUGCUCAAAGACCAAGGAGGAAUUACUGUGUCCAUCUCAGGACUGUUCAUUGCAGUUAUCUUCAAAGUGUCAAGGGAUAGCACAGGCCGCUUGUCCAUAUUGCUACACAAUUGCCAGCUGAGCAUUAAUAGUUUAAAAGUCAAGUUAAAUGGAGGAUCUAGCUGGAUCUACAGCUUUCUGUCUGGUUAUCUGGAGAAGCCCAUUCACACCAAAUUGGAUAAAAAUAUUUUUGACAUGAACGUUUUCAUGCUGAUCCUUUAUGCUCUUGUCUUAAGCCAGAUUGAUGCCUUUGCACAAAUAGACUAUUCCCUAGUUAGUUCUCCAGCAGUCUUCAAAUCACACAUUAACUUGGAUUUGAAGGGUGAUUCCAUGCUCUACCUGGGAGUCUCAAGUUAUUUUAUUAAGUCUGCUUCACUGGCUUACUACAGAGCAGGGGUCUUUAACAUCACCAUCUCCAAAGAGCUUGCUACUACUUUUAACCUAAAUACCGCCUUAUUCAAAGAUUUUGUUCCUGAGGUGGGUACUUUUACUUAUUGCUCUAAGUUAUGUAACAGCAUGCCCAGUGCUGCUGAAGCUGAUGGCUACAUCACCACCUGCGACAGCCAGUACCAGAGGCAAUUUGACAAUAACCAAACGGAAGUUGAUUAUCUCAUUACUUCUGAAGAGGUAACCAGAGGAAAUUUAGAAAGCAACAUUAACGAUCCCAACAUUAGGACACAGCAGAACUUCAUUGUGUCCGCCUGA